AACACUGCAGUUCUAGGAACAGUUACUAAGGAAUAAAUACAUCCAAAGCAGUGGACCUUGCUUCCGAGUACAUAUCGAAUCAGGCUCAAUUUUUUUUUUGCAAAGAGGGUGGGGCUGCGCACUUCAGUGGAAACAAGCCCCAUUCAGUGAAGCGACACUUGCAGCUGAAUGAACCAGGAGUCGUUCGGAUCGCGGAAGUAGUCUACGUGCGUGUCUACUCUCAAUUAGGUCCCAGUGACUUUAAAAAGGCUUGCUCCCAAGUGAGCGUGCAUAGACUCACAACUGCAGAUUGUAAUUUUGUGCACACGUAAGUCCUGUCGUGUUCAGGAGACACCGACUUAGGCUGCAAGCGCCGACAGAAUCUGAGUUGCGGUUCCGCUCCAAAGUGUUGCUCACACAUCAGCUGACGGAUAGGUGUCGCGUGAAUCUGAUUUUGCCGAAAUUCGUUCGUCCUUUUGGAGUUGUUGCUGGAUAUUUCUUUAUCUGCCCGUUGCGGUUUCUCCCGUUAUCUGCAAAUACAGUUUAAGGGGGAAGCUAUGACAGAAGUGAAAAGAAAUAACUUCGGGGAAUGGCCGCAUGGCGGAGGGGCUGUGGAAAAAAUCCUGCUCAGAUCAGACUCAGUUAAAAUGGAAGUCAUAUCUUUAGGCUGCAUAAUCACCACCUUGGAGACUAAAGACAGAGAUGGAAAGUUUUCAGACAUUGUUCUGGGCUUUGACCAUUUGGAAGGAUACAUCAACAAGCACCCCUAUUUUGGAGCAGUUGUUGGACGGGUUGCCAAUAGAAUUGCCAGAGGGAAAUGUGUCAUAGAAGGACAGGAGUAUCAGCUGCCCAUCAACAAUGGACCCAACAGUUUGCAUGGAGGAAUAAAAGGUUUUGACAAGGCUAUAUGGGCCCCUGAAGUACUGCCAGAUGGUGUACGCUUUUUUCGAGCAAGUCCUGAUCUUGAAGAGGGAUACCCUGGUGAACUGAAAGUGUGGGUGACAUACACUCUAAAGGAUGGAGAACUAAUGAUAAAUUACCGAGCCCAAAGCAGUAAGACCACACCAGUCAAUCUGACCAAUCAUUCAUACUUCAAUCUUGCAGGUCAGGGGUCACCCAAUAUCUAUGACCAUGAAUUCACUAUAAAAGCAGAUGCUUAUUUGCCCGUGGAUGAAACUCAGAUCCCCACAGGAGAAAUCUCUUCAGUGCAGGAUACAGCCUUUGAUCUGAGAAAGCCAGUGAAGCUUGGACAACACUUGCAGAAAUUUCAACUCAAUGGAUUCGACCACAACUUUUGUCUGACACAAACGAAGGAACCCGGCUUCUGUGCAAGAGCUUACCAUCCCCCUAGUGGCAGGAUGAUGGAGGUUUAUACAUCUCAGCCUGGGAUACAGUUUUACACGGGAAAUUUCUUAGACGGCACUCUGAAAGGCAAAGGAAACCAUGCAUACCUCAAACAUUCUGGCUUCUGUCUUGAAACACAGAACUGGCCAGAUGCAGUGAAUCAGGUAAUUUCUGACUUUUAUGUGUGGCCCCAUAUGUGUAUAAAACAAAACUGCACAAAACUGCUGUGGGACCCAACUUCCAUAGGUCUCAAGGCCCUUGCCAUUGCAUUUCCCUUCAAUAACUCUGCAAAUUUUGGAUGCUGGUGGGACCUGAUUAUGGCUUAAUCUCUCAGUGUAAUAUUACAUAAUGCAGCCUUGUUGUAAUGGUCUAAUUUCAGCCUCGAGGCGGGUUUGACUAUGCCAAAGAUGUUCUUCCAACAUGCUGCAUUUUCAUGUCAGGUUAUUUUAUAUGCACUGAAAUUGAUAGCUCCCCUAUCUACAAUCUAAAAUGGCACCAUCCCUUGAAAGCAGAAGCAGUUUUCUGUAUGCAUAGCACAUUGUCUUAAAUGCUAAAAAUCCAAAAUGAUCAAAUAUGCACCAACCAUAAGCCUAUGUAAACUGUGCGAAAAGUCAAACUAUUGGUGUAGUAUAGCAGAUAUACACAUGACCUUGGAAGUCUACAGUUUGAAUCUCAUCUAAGGUGAACUGAGCAAGCAACUGUAAGGCUCAAAGUUCCCCCCACAAUGUUUCAAUGCUUGGAAAAUACCUGCAUCAAGGAUAAACCGUCACAAGCUCGAGACUGUAAGGUUUCUAAUAAAUGCAAAUACAUGUUGGUUUUUUUCUUGACAAGUGUACAGAUUUUGAGGGCUUUUCUUCUGCUUUUUAUAGCCUCAUUUCCCAGAUGCCUUGUUGCACCCAGGAGAGGAAUACAACACCACAACAUGCUACAAGUUCUCCAUAUCCUAAUCCCUGUAGCAAGAUGUUCUGUAGAAAUCUGUAAAGAUUGUGAUCAAAGCAGAUUCCAAAUUCUAUUAUCACUGUAUGUCAUCUUAAAAAGAAAAAAAUAGUGCUGCCUACUAUAUCAUGUAGUCUGUUAAUAAGCAGAAAUGGUGAUUUCCAACUUUAUUCCAUUCCCUUUUCUAGUCUGCUAAGAGUUAUGACAUCUAAGUUGGGUCUAGUACUGUAAACUCUUUGUUUCAAGUUGCCUGCUAUACUCAGUUCAUAGACUUAGGUAAGCCAUUAUCAGCCUGAAUGACUCCUCUGCAAUAUGGAUAUUAUGGGGAUAAGGUUAUCUGAACCUACGAAAUAUCACAAUAAAAUUAAAGGUACAGGUU